CACGGUCACACCGUGCCACACAGCUGCAGUGAACAUUGAUUCGUGGUUCGCGACUCGUCUCAGUCACUAGUGCGCAACGCUGCGAGAAACAAGUGCUUCAACGCUGCGUAUCACUUUAUUUUGACUUCUUUUUUUAUGCAAAUCUUGGGUUAAAAAGAGAAUCCAGUUCUCAAUUGCUAAUGUAUUUAAUUGUGAGCGCGAUUUAGCAGCCAUUGUUAACUGAUUCUAAAGUCUCGGGAGCUGUGUCUGGUCGAUCGGUUGAUUCCUGUGUUGAGUAACUGACUGUUAGUUGCUGUGUUUGUGAUUUUGAUAUAAACUGAGAAUUUUCAUCGCGAACGUGUUCCACUUUGGGAUUUCACCACGAGCGGACUCAAGGAAGUUUAUAGUCAAGUGGACAGCGGCGGCGGUGGCUCUGCCGAAGUAAUGGUGUACUCGCUCGGCUGGGGCAUGGGGGAGCCGGAGCGGCGCGCGGUGGAUCGCAAGCGCGCGCAGCCGCCCGUCGCACACACGCUCUCGCCCGACGACGGGCACGAGGUGGACGUGCUACCGCUACACAAUCAGGUGGGCGGGCACACCAGACUGCUAGUUCUCAACGACAGUACGGUGAUCAAGCCCCUCAACAUACGCGAGCUGCAUUUCUACCAGAACAUUCCCGAGGACAUCCAGGAUUUCGUUCCCCGCUACAAAGGCGUGAUGCAGGCCUCUAACACGGGAGGCACGAAAUUGGACAAGCGGUACUCGCCAUGUUUCCGCGACGAGAACGGGCGCAAGGCGUCGCUGGGCGGCAAACGCAAGCGCGACGACGUGUUCAAAUUUAAAGUGCACCGUAACGGCAAUGCUAACGAGGUGCUUAAGAGCAUUGCGCACAUGGACAAUUCAAAUAAGCAAUAUUUCCUGAUGAUGGAGAACAUAACGUCGUCGUACCGGCGGCCGUGCGUGCUGGACCUCAAGAUGGGCACGCGCCAGCACGGCGACGAUGCAAGCGCUGAGAAGCGCACCAAACAGAUCGCCAAGUGUGCCGCUAGCACAUCCGCUACGCUGGGCGUCCGUCUCUGCGGCAUGCAGGUGUACAUGCCGGAGAAGGGUGCGUGCGUUCGGCGCGACAAGUACUGGGGUCGCGCGUUGUCCGAGAGCGGACUGCGGGAAGCCCUGCGGGACUUCUUCGCGGCCGGCGGAGGACUUCGCGCGCGUGUCGUAAAGCGCGUACUUCGUGACCUUGAGGCUUUAGGCCGCGCCAUCGCAAAGCAGACCAGCUACCGGUUCUACUCCACGUCGCUGCUCAUAGUGUACGAGGGCGACGUGCCGUGCUCGCUGCCGGCGGACGAGGCCAGCGGCGGCGCGUCGGAGUACGAGGCCGACGCGUCCGCCUCGUCGUCGUCCGCGCCCUCGCCCGGCCACUUCGACAUGUCCACGCUGCACGACGAGAUAUCCGGCGACGCGCGCCCGCCCGCGCCCUUCGUGCACUCCGAGGAGACCAUGGGCGGCUACGAGGAGGGCGACGAGGCCGCCGCGCCCGCGCGCUCCGCGCACCCGCCCAGCCCCGACUCGGCCGACAGCUGGAUGGCGUACUCGUCCACCAGCAGCGAGUCGUGGCGCCACGAGCCCGAGGCAGAGAGCGAGGCGGCGGCCGAGGCGAGCGGCAAGCGCGCGCGCACGCGGCCCGCAUGGCGCGCGCCCGCCGCGCCGCCGCCGCCCGCGCCCCGCGCCGCGCCGCCCCCGCCCGACGAGCGCGUGGACAUCCGCAUGAUCGACUUCGCGCACACGGCGUACGCGGCCGCCGAGGCGGAGUCGCCGCUGGCCACGGCCACGCCGCACCACGGGCCCGACUGCGGCUUCCUCACGGGCGUGGACUCGCUCAAGCGGCUGCUCGGCGAGAUCCUGCACCCGCAGCCCUACAGUUAAUGAGGCCGCCGCCGCGCCCGCCCCGGCCGAGUUCACUUCGCGAAUGAAUUAAAUUUCCUUGAAAAAUUUGAAUAUUCGACUGAGAUGUCUCCUAUCGGUAGUGGUGGAAUUUAUAACGCAGAUGCGCCGGGCGGCCGCGUCGAGUGGACGAACGCAGGGUACUCUUGUUUCGCCCGUCGCGCGGCCGACGUGAGGCGACCCCUCCCCUUGAGUGGCCGCGUAGCGGUCGCCGCACUUAGUGAAUGUUGGCGGUACAAAAUACGUUAAUUUUAAAGUAAAUUUAUUAUAAUUUCGAAGGGACCCAGUAGCUAGUCUAAAGUGUAUUUUAAGUAUUACUUUUAAGUUAUUCCAGAUUGACGUGCUUUUGUAUUAUAUCCCCUUGGUUAAUUUCACUGGUCUUAUUGGCCGAUCGAAAAAGAAUUUUCUUACAGAAUCAAGUAGACAUUCCCUGUCAUUGUUAGUUAGUUUGGUUUAUUGCUUGGAUGAUAAUUGCAUCAAUUGGUUAAGAGUGUGAUAUUCUGUUUUGCAUUUAAAAUCCUAACUUGUAUUAAUUAAAUUGACAUAAUGAAAACGCAGUUAUAAAACCAAAGUAGAUUACAUAAACAGUUUGUUGAAAAAUUCUAUAAUUGACUUGCAAAUACUUUUUUGUUUGUCAAUGUUGUAAAACAAUUGUUAUUUUUAUUUUGCUACCAUAUUUCGGAUUACACCUAUAGACAUUUUGUAAUAUUGUGUAAUAUAAAGAAUAAAAAAAAUAUUAUAUUGAAAUAUAAGCAGUAUUAUUAGAGUUUGUGUGACAGGUUUAAGUUUUGUUUAUACCUUGAUUUGAACUUGGCAUGGGUGCUAGUAUGUAAUACACUGCCAAGAUGAGUGAAAUGGACACUAUAUGUACUUUGGAGUCUGCUACAUGGGAUAUUAUAAUAGCUAUUUGGACGGAAGCUGUAACAUUUUCAGCCAGUCCGGGUGUUAUGUGACAGCCAGUGUAAUCAACUAGCUUACACUUGAGUACAGCUCGGCCAAAGUGUAAGCGCUUAUCAUUAUUGGCGAGGUCACAACUUUUCAAAACAAAAAAUUAUAUAUAUAGUUUUAAGGUCUUCAAAAGUAUAGAUUAUUUAUAUUUCUUCAUUAUUUUAAACUUGUUUUGCAAUGAAAACAACACUAAGUAGGAAUUCGCACUGAGGUGUCUGAUGUUAAAAAGUUGUGACCCUGCUACUAAUGUUAACCAACAUUCAUUUGUGCUGUUCGUCACAUGUUUGUUACUAUUUUUUAAUUGUGGGAUAAA